AAUCACAGCGGCGUGCUGUGUGCGGCGCCAAAACCCCCAGAGAAGGCGGCUUUGCUAAAACGCGUUUCUUAUUGUAAGCGAAGGUUGGCUGCUCCGGCGAUCCGUACACUCAUUGUGUUUGCAUGGCCGUGUGUGGAGUGUUAGCGAACAGCGCUGGUCUGCGAGUUCGGAGCACGAUGGCACAGAACGUGCAGAAUGUUACCCUGGCUCUCACCCUGCCGAUCACAUGCCAUAUCUGCCUGGGGAAGGUAAGUGGCCGCAGUACGCUAAACCUUCGGAUUCCAGCUGUAAACUACGUUUAACCUGAUGCUACGCUGGCCGGGUGGUUACUGAGCAUCCGGGAAACAUAGAACGACAACUGCUCUAUUGGUAAACAAUGGUUACCCCUAACUUGUAUAUUCGGCCAAAGUUUAUCUCUAGCUCUCAGCACUGGCUAGCCUUCCCACCUAGGUGUCUUGUGAACUGCACUUGAUUGCUCUGCCAGUUCUAGGACAUACAUUUCUAGGGUGCCCAGUUUAAUGUUGUACAGAUUUUUUUUUUUUUUUUUUGCAUGGCAUUGUAUUAGUGAGUCCUUUGUAUAAGUUUAAAUUCAAACCAUCCUCAACCUUCAACUUUUAUGUUUACUGUCUUCUUGUAAAACGCUGUAACAAAAUGUGUUUUGCAAUAUGUGAAGUUAUCCUGGUAAAUGCCAUGAGACCCAACCGGAAAUGCUAUAAAUGUUUGUAGGGCCUGAACAUGUAUUUUUGAAGGUAUACAUCUUAUCAGUUAAUAAUCCUAAUGAAGCAGAAUUUUAAAUGAAGAACUUAUUCACUAAAGUCCAAAGUGGAGUUAAAUGAUAUUUGGCAAAAUAAAAAAUGUGGAACCCUUCUCAAAUUCAGAUUUAUUUGCAGGUUGACUGUUUGUUUUUUUGUUUUUUUCUGAAUGUUGCCAAUUUAAAAUUACGUGCAUUUUCGAGUUACCUUGAAUGAAAUGGAACUGUCAAUUUCCUGUUCUAUUACCCCAGUAAAGACUAUUGCAUUGUUUACUAAAAGAGGGGAGGGGAGCAGUGUAGGUGAGUGGUUAAUUAUAUUACACUUCCAUGAAAUACAGGAUGGGUGCACAAAUGGCAAUAAGAACUUGUGAAUUUAAAAAACAUAAAAUAAAAUGGCACUACCAAUAGUUAAUUCUAUGCAAUUUAAUUGUGCAAAAAUCUUUUCCAGACAGUUCCUUAAUAAACCUUUUAAAAGUCAGUCAAAGGUUCAAUCAUGAUUACAGUGAGGUAGCUGAGGCUUGAUUUUGAUUUCAUUGGCAUUCUAGACCUACAAAAAAGUGAAUUCUAGAGUUUGUAUCAAAUUCACUGAUGUUUAAUUUUAAAGUGGAUGACUUUAAUACGAUCUCUCUGGUGACGUGCAUUUGUAUUUGGGAUUAUUUCUUUCUUGUAUUAGUUUUCUGUAGCUGUUGAUGGUUAAGUAGUAGUGGUCUACCAUGACUAAUAUAGGAGUUCUUGCUGAACAAGGAAAGUUGAUUAUUGCAUUAGUCUGUUGAAAUAGUGUAAGCUAAGAUAGGCAGUAUCCCAACACCAUCUUAAUUAUUAUUUUGUCAAUACGGCUGAAGGUUGCAUACAAGGGUUUGGAAGUUCUGAUAGUUUCAAAUAACUGGAAACUAUAAAUGGUGGAUUAUGUCCACUCUCAAACACUGGUUAUUCACUAAAUGCCAAAUUGUUAUUACUUGAAAUUAGAAUUGACAAAAAUUUAUACAAUUCUGCUAUAUUCUAAGGAUGCAUCGCUGUUUUAGUCUGUUUUGCAAUUGGUAUUUUUCAUCACAUAUUGGUAUUAUUAAUACAAUGUUAACUUCUCUCCUAUUGCCUAUAUUUAAAGGGAAUCUAAAGUGCUAAGAAUACAAGCUUCCCCCGCCACUUCAAGGGUUAAAAAAAUUACUUCCCUUGACGCAGAGUCUGCACUCCGCCCUGCCGUCAUCUGACUGUGGGGGGGGAGGAGAAGCUAAUGUGCAUGCGCCACAGGCUUUUUUUUUUAUUUAUUUUUUAUGGGGAUUUAACGGACUCUUGAUGUCGUCAUGCAGAGCGUGAGGAUGACCUAAAGUCCAGUAAAAUCCCAGACGCCCCUCUAGUGCCUGGCAACUAUAGGCUGUCUGUCUGGAUACACGAAUAUGCCCAACACGCAGAACUUAAGUAAAAAAUAAAGAAACUUCUAAGGCGUAUUACUGGACCCUUAAAAUCCCCUAAAGUUCAAGGGAUACAGAAGUCGGAAUAGUCAAGUAACAAGCCAAAGUCAAAAUACACAAGAAACAAUACCAUAAAUGCGCUCUCUGAUAACCACAAUGGAAACCAUGACAGGGCACUGAGAAAUGAUCAAAAAGGGUUUAAAUAGCCUAAGGUACUCUAGGAUUGGCUGCAGGGGAGCAUUUGACACUGGAACGUGUGUGACGGCACACGCACUUUCCCAAUAGUCCUGGACUUAGGGUCUACCUAGGAGCCUUAAAAGGCUCUGACUUGCAGCGGCCUGUCUCUCUAACGCUUUCAGACCUGGAUGCUGCAUGAAGGAAGGAGCAUGAGGAGCGCCCGCAGCAGGAGUAUGGUAAGUGUAAACAGGAGGCGUUCCCACGGAGUAAAACUUGGCGGGUGCAGCAGGAGUAUGGUUAAGUGUAAACCGCCGGCGUUUCCAUUUCCAUGUAGGAACGCUGCCGCAAUGAGAUGUGCCCGCCAGGUCCCAUACCACUCUGACAGGAGUGGAUCCGGUGGGCGCUGUGACCCAGUGCUGCAGUGUAGCAAAUGUGCGUUUUGUGAGAUUAAACAUUUUUUUGAGUCCAUCCAUCAUCCUCUCUACAGCCUGCUGUAGUGGUUAUGAUGACAGAAGUAUCCUGGCCUUGUUUUCUGGCAAUGAGGCAAGCUGUUUUGCAUUGGUUUACCCUCUUCAUUGAUCCCCUCUGGGUGCUAUGGCUCCUCAUGUGGACAGUGAUGCAAAAGAAGAUCCCACCAGGCAUUCUCUGGCUGAGUCCUUUUGCUGAUAAUUACCAGCUAAUGAAGGAAACUCUGUGCACAGGAAUAUGCACAAAAUUAACAUUAGCCACCAGAAACUUUUGUACAGUGGAUGACACUGCUGGAAGUAAAGUUCUUGCAGAAAAGAGAUUAAACACAUACAGAUAUCAGGUAGCUUGACCACUUCUUUUCCAAUUAACUUUGGGUCUUUUUUUUUUUUUCUCCCCAUCUGUUUUCUUUUUAUACUGCCUCUCUUCAAAAACUUAAAGGCUCAGGAAGACAAACAAGUAUUCCUGACCCUUAUAGUGUUAAAACCACCAUUAAGGCUACCCCCCUUACAAAAAUACCGGCACUGGCCCUGUCUCCGAUCUGCCUCCUGGCUGACCUCAUCAGAAUUUAUUUCAUCCAAUGCUUUCCCAUUGGAGGAGCAGUGACCGCUGGAGGUGUCCCUAGGGGCAAUGUAAACACUGUCUUUUCUCUGAGAUGGCUGUGUUUACAGGAAAAUGUCUGCAGGAAAUGAUUGUACUCCCCAGAACUACAUUAAGCUGUAGUUGUUCUGGUGACUAGUGUCCCGUUAGUUUAAUUUAAAAAAAUAUAUAUAUUAUCUGCUAGUGUCAUGUCACCCCUCUGUUAAUCUUUUUAUUGGCUUCCUGUACAUUAUAUUAGCUAGUUCAAACUCUUAAAGGGGUAACUCCACUGCCCAAAUACAAAAUAAGUCACUAUUUAGUAGUAGUAUACCCCAAAUGAAAACCUGCAUGCAUUUAAUUGUUUUUUUUUUUUUUUUUUCAAUGGGGGUAUAUCUAAAAUCAGCUAGCAAAUCCUGCAGUUUUCUUGUCUGCUGCCUUUGCAAGCUCUCACCUUCUAACUUUGCCCAGAUUUUCUGUGGUUGUCCAAUCGGACUUCCCAAAACAGCUCCGUAAGAAGUCUUUGUAAGUCAGGUGCUCAAUUGAUGUUUACCUGAUAAUCUGCUGACUGCUUGAAAGGUUGCUGGGGGAGGGGAGGAUGUAACAAAGUUAAUUUAAAAAAGUGUCAAUUUCUAUUAAAACAAAAAAACAAAAAGAGGAGACACUCUUCACACAUGAAGCUUUUCAGCAAGCUUAAGUGGUUGGGAACCAGAAUGACCCUUUAAACCUGGAAUGACCCUUUAACUCUUAAAGUGGCACUGUCACGCCCAACUUGCCUUUCUUCAAUCGCUUCUUCUUCUCUUCCUCUGUCAGGAUUUGGGGACUACUUUGUCUUAUGGAGGUUUCCUACGCUUGACCAGCGGAGGAACAAAGCAAUUUUCCCACAAUUCUCACCUUUCCUCCGUGUUCUCGCGAUGCCUCCUUACCAUAUUCCUGAACGUUGGCAAAACUACUGGAUUUUGUCCUAACAGAAUAAGAGCAGUUCGUCCAUUCGUGUUAUGACGAAAUUCUGGACUUUUGUUUGAAAUUUCAUUCUGCAUUGCAGCUGCUUAGUAGAUAGUAGUAGAUUCCCACGAUAUUAGGGAGCUAUCUACCAAAUGCUGAAAGACCUAAAUUGUUCUUUCAGCCAACUUUACUAAUACUAAGUGAAAACUACUUGGUAUUUGUAAUUAAUCUGCAUACUGUUGUAAAAAUUUUUUUUUUUUAAAUAAAUACCCCCUCUCCUCCUUCUCCCCCUCCCAAUAAAUGGUCCCAUGGUGGAGCAUCUUUUAACGAACCUAGGGGGAACAUAGUGCCCUGACCCUUGAGCUGCGGGUCAGGCCCUGAAUGAAAAUAGGGGGUGGAAACUUUCCGUCGUACUAUGAAAAUAAAAUAAAAACCCAAGCGGAAAAAAAAACACACUAAAGUGUUAUGAGUCAAAUUACACAGCAUGGGAAAAUUUAAAAGCACUUUCCCACGCUGUGUAAUAGGGAUCGGCCGAUAUUCGAUACUUUUCAGCAAUAUCGGUAUCUGCCUAUAGAUAUACCCAUAUUGCUGAUAAUACAUACCAGGACCUAGGGGGGCCCAACAAGCUCGCUGUUACCUGCCUUCAGCUCCCCUGUCUAAAUCUCGCGAGCCCAGUGGUUGUCAGAGCGUUGUCACAGGUUACCAUGGCAACGCUCCGUGAGUCAUGCAGGCUGCAAGAUUUACACAGGGGAGCUGAAGGGAACUGUUGGGAAGGUAAGAGCUUGCGGGGCCCACUGCACAGUCCAUGCCACUGGACCACAAGGGAAUGCCAUAUCCCCCCUCCCUGGCCAAGUAAGAAGCAGGGAGGGGGGACUAAAAUAUUACACACACACACACACACUCACACUCACACUCACACUCACACACACACACGCAUUCACUACACACACACACACACACACGCGCAUUCACUAUACACACACACACACACACGCGCGCGCAUUCACUAUACACAUACACAAACACACGCGCAUUCACUAUACACAUACACAAACACACGCGCAUUCACUAUACACAUACACAAACACACGCGCAUUCACUAUACACAUACACAAACACACGCGCAUUCACUAUACACAAUACACAAACACACGCGCAUUCACUAUACACAAUACACAAACACACGCGCAUUCACUAUACACACUACACAAACACACGCGCAUUCACUAUACACACUACACAAACACACGCGCAUUCACUAUACACACUACACAAACACACGCGCAUUCAUUAUAUACACACUGCAUCCACUACAUGUAUGUGACAUGUAUAUUUUGUGCAUUUACAUUUUAGACAUAGUUUAUUUUUUCUAAAUGGUAAAUGUACAGAAUAUCGGUAAGCUAUCGGCCUGAAAGUUCAGAUUAUCGGUAUCGGCGCUAAAAAAUAAAUAUCGGUCGAUCUCUACUGUGUAAAAUGACACAGAGCACUCUGGUUGGAUUUCAAGCUUAAACCAGCCAAUCCGAGUGCUCUGAACCUAAUUGCAGGGCGUGCCUCCCCCGCCCUGCAGCUCUUGGGUGGGGGCCGGGGGGAGGACAAUAUGUUGUCCCCCCACCCGCAGCUCAUGAGUGGGGGCUUGGGGGGGGGGGGAAACAAUAGGUUGUCUUCCCCCUUAUUGUAAUUUAGGGUUCCCACCUGCCGCUCAGGGGUGGGGGCCAGGGGAAGGAUACUAGGUGUGUUGUCGUCUCGUCCUGUCACCCCAUUUUCAUUAAGGGACCCCACUUGCCGCUCAUGGGUGGGCGCCGGGGUGGAGGACAAUAGGUGUAUGUCCCUUAUUGUAAUUUAGGGCCCCCACCCGCCGACCAUGGGGAGAGACAACAAGGUUUUCCCCGUUUACUUUUAUAGCCCCCACUCGUGGGGCACUAGUGGGGGGUUCAGGGAGCACACUAUGUGUGUGUCCCGCCCCUGCUAGUUAAUAGAUGCUCCACCAUGGGGCCAUUUAUUAGAAAGGCUUUUGGCUGCUCACUGUUUAGUAGACAUGCCCCUACUCAUGGCAUAGCAAGUAGGGACAUUCGGGAGAUUUCAAUCUCCCUUAUGCAAUUAUGGGGGCAUAUUGACCCCCCAUAGAGUAAGGGAGGACAUGGGGGGUGCGUAGGAAGUGGCAGGGAGCACUGCUCCCUGCCGCUUCUACUUUUACAUAUUACAAAUAGCCGGUAGCUCCCUCCUUGUAAUAAACUGAACGAAGAGGUCUUCCUUCAUUCGUUUGACAUUUCUUUUCAUUUAUUCGUCUUUCAGACGAAUGAAUAGAUGAAAUUCCCGUUCGCAUGCCAAAGUGUUUAACUUGGCAUGCGUGGGAAUUUCACAGCGCUAUCUAGUGUGGGCAGAUGACGUGUCCCACAGGGACUUCAUCUACCCACACAAAGAUGGCGGCGUCCGGGCAGGAAAUAAAGAUGGAAAAACUUAGGGGCAUUUGCGGAUAACUAGGGGGACAAAUAGAUGUAGUGGAGUCGGGAGGGGGGUUAAAAGACUAAAAACUGGAUUUCAACCAUGACAGUGCCACUUUAAUACAAAGCUCUAAACAACUCUAUAGAGUGGAUAUGUACAAUAACUUUGCAUGAAAGCUGAUUCCACAUGUUACUCUCAGCACCACUCAACUGUUCUAUAGGUUGUUUUGUGGUUGAAAUGUUGAAAGAACUGCAUUAUGUAGGCACCAUGUUACAUUACCACAGCUCUAAUCAGCUGAUAUAAAAAGAGGAGGCAUCAGAGCUGCUGGAGGUUUUUAAUGGAGAUAUUUAUGUCAUCUGGUGUAACAGUAAGUAAGGCAGCUGAGAAGUGUUCCAGGUAAAAGUCUUUAUGAUGACAUCACCUCCUAAAGGAGUGGGUUUGAAGAUGCAGUUGCCAUAACCUUCAGAGGAAAAAAAAAAAAGUUGAAAUGAUAAAUCGUGCUAGGAAGCCAGUUGUAUCCUGAGAAUUAAGUUGACGGCAAGAGAGCAUUGUAUGUAACUUGCAGGCAAAGGGAAUCAUCGGCUGUGAGAUAAACCGUGAUGUAUGGGGCACAAGAAGAUGAGACAGCUGGCACAUAGAACCAUAAAAAUAUCUUUCAGUCCAGGAUCAAUGUCAUUAGCAAACUGAAACCCUAAUGUUUUAGAGGAACCGUCCCCAUUGUAAUUUGUGCACAACACAAAUAUAAAUAAACGUUGGGUAUAAGUUGUGAAUGAAUUUAUAUUUUAUAACACAGGCAUGCCAUUCAAAAAGAAAAUGUAUUGGCUUAAACACAUUAACUACUAUAACUUUGUCAUAGGUACGACAGCCCGUCAUCUGUGCCAACCAUCAUGUCUUCUGUUCUGUAUGCAUUGACUUAUGGCUGAAGAACAAUAACCAGUGCCCAGCAUGCCGAGUGCCUAUUACUUCUGAGAAUCCUUGCAAAGAUAUCAUAGGUAUGAUGCAUUGGGGCCUCACAUAAUCUCUUCCCAUGUGCUUCCAGUUAUAGUAAGGUUCAAAUUAUUCCUUUUAUAUUUUUUUAUAACUUUGGUUCGGUGAAGCUGCUUAUUUUUGGAACAAUAUUACUUUUUAACUUUCUUAGGCAGGACUUUUUUUUCCUUUUUUAUUUUUUUAUUUUUUAUUAAAGGGUAGUUCCAAGGACCUAUGAAUAUUGUAGUAGUUGUGGUGCUAGUAACAUGGGUGUCCCCCAAAAGCACACCACAGCAUGCUCAGACAUUUUAUUUAGACUCUGACAACUGGGGUAACUGACAGCUUAGCAAUUUGAAAUAAGAGCUCAAAAUUUUGAGUCCUGUGCUAAUAGAUAGGCCUAAAAUGUUCUCUCUAUUGCUAUCCAACACCGUGCUGAAUUUUAACUUGCCAGUGACUAGCAGGUGAGUGAAAUUUUUGAGCCCUGUACCAAAUCACAGCAUCUAUUUCUCUAAAGUUGAAUUACUAUUGGUCCUUUCAAUGCCACUGAAUUGGGAGCGUGCAAGCUGUAGUAGUUCUCGUUCUUGUAACAUCCCUUUUAUUCUUCUUGAGCCUUUGGAAACCUAAUUUGCUAAGUAAACAAGUUUGUACAAGUUUCAUUGUGGAACUUUUCCCUGAUUUUUUUUUUAUUUUUUUUUAUUUAUUUCAUUUUUUUAAAUCUGAGAGUACGGUCUUGUGGAGUGCAGUCCCAAUAAUAUUCACUUAGUUUUAAUAAAUGAAUCUCAACAUAUUUAAAGGUUACUCAUUUUAGGUCAGGGUAUUCUUUUCCUCUUAUUUUCUCACUCUUGCUUGUUCUUUAUUAUUUAUUUUAGUGAACAGUAAAUGUGUAUUUCAAAUUAUUAAAUGCAUACAUGUGGAUUUGGGUUAACAUAUUAUAUUUUGCUAUAGGAGGCGCAGGAGAAAAUGAAUCCGUGCUUAGUCACUCGGUCCGAAAGCACCUACGUAAAACUAGACUUGAACUUCUUCAUAAAGAAUAUGAGGUAAUUGUUUGGGAAUGUGUGUUUUAUUUUUAUUUUUUUUAUUUUUUAAAUUAAUGACUCAUAUUGUGACUCGGAGGGUUUUACAUUGACUCAGUUCUCAUGAAGAUCUCAUUACUAUUCUUUAUUCUAGUUUUCCUUUUUACAUUAAUGGUGUGCCUUUCAUUCAAGAAAUAUUUGUAAAUUUUUCUUUCUAAUGUUCCAACUAGCUCUUGAAGAUAGUUCAUGUUUCAAAUGAUGGUGAUUCUCCUAGUGAUGCUCACCCGGUUUGCUCUUAGAAUUGUUUAAGUUUCAUGUUCGCUUGCACUUCCAUGUGCCUGUGCUCUGUCAGAACCCCAAGAGGAUACAGAGUCCUAUGAUUAAUUUACACCAAUGGAGAACUCUGAAUCUCUCUCUGUGGCUGCAGCAUGCAAAGACACCUUGUAUUAUUUCAGCUUGUGUGAAUCAGUCAGACCAACCAUGUGUUACUGUCUAGUGCAUUUUUAAAAAAUCCAUAAUGCAAGCUGGAACAAAAGAGACACUACACUGAUAGCCACAACAUUAAAACCUCUAACAAAUGAAGUAAAUAACAUUAGUCAUAUUUCAACGACAAAAUGGAGAAGCAAAAAGAUCUGAGUGUUUUUGACAAGGGUCAAAUAGCGAUGACUAGGCUACUGGGAUAGAACAUUCCUGAAAUCGCAAGUCUUGUGGAGUGUUCUGGUAUACAGUGGUUAGUAUCUACCAAAAGUGGUGCUAUGAAGGGCAGCCGGUGAACUGGCGCCCAAGACUAAUUCAUAACAUGGGGAGUAAAGGCUAGAUCAUCUGGUCCGAUCACACAGAACUUAAUGCUUAAAUGCAAACUUAAUGCUGGCCAUGACAGAAAAGUGUCAUGAACACACAGUCCUUGGCACUUUGCUGCAUUUGGGCCUGCAUAGCUGCAGACAGGUCAGAGUGUCCACCACUGAAAGCGCCUUCAAUGGGGACCUGCCACACUGCACAAAUUGUUUUGAGGAACACUGCAAAGAUUUCAAGGUGUAGCCAUGACCUCCAAAUUCCCCAGAUCUCAAUCCGAUUAAGCAUCUUUGGGAUGUGCUGGAGCGACAUAUCCGAUAUAUGGAGGCCAUACCUCACAACUUGCAGGACUUAAAGGGUCUGCUGCUAAUGUCAGAUGCCACACAACACGUUCACAGUUUUUGUGGAGUCCAUGCCUUAACGCAUUAGAGCUGUUUUAACCGCACGUAUGGUAACUACAUGAAGCUGAUCAGUGUAAAGUAUGCACUGGAGAUAUGUAAUGUAUGCAAUUUAUUAUGCUCAGUGUUUGCUGGGGAAAAAGUUACCUUUUUUAACAUUACUCCUGUAGCACAUGGAACUCUAAAAUAUUAACUAAUGAAUUGAGAAAUGUGAACUUAGUAUUUUUGACAAGUGAACUGAAUAUCCUUUUAUUUUUAGGAUGAAAUCGAAACAUUGCUAAAAGAAAUAGAAGACCUAAAAAGAACAAAUGAUGAUUUGGAGAAAAAGCUAAUUGAGCAAGUUUCUCCUACAACUCCUUCUUUACCGAGUGAAUGUGAGACCAGUGAAACGGAGGAUAAAAAUGGCAUCCGUGCAAGAAAGCUAGAGGAUAUCCUGAAAAAGCUUCAAGCCGCUAGUGAUAGUAUUACAAAGUUUACAGGGGACAUUGAGACGCUAAAAGAGGUAAUUUUAGAACCGUAUGGUUUUCCAAUGUCUAAUUGUUUCCAUUCCUCCCUCCUACAUAAUUGAUUUAAUAACACAAAAAGAAAUCUAAUUAAGCACAUUUUAAAGAUAUACUAUUUAAAUACAAACUUUGAUAUGUCCACAAAAUGUUUGGGUAAUUAUUACUCAUUUGUUUCCGUUCUCCGGACCGGUAAAAUGGAAGGCUGUUGUGAGUAUACUGCACGUGUACCUGCAGCAUCGUCCUUUUGAGUGAAUAUAGUCUGUUUGGUUUGUUUUUUUUUCAGUAGUGAGUGCUUUUAGAUGAGUAAUUACAGUGUAGAGAAGUAGAAAUGUGUCCACCCAUGGCGGUGUGGGUUUUUUUUUGUUUGUUGGUUUUUCUAAUAUAGUAAUCUAGUAUAGUACUGAUCUUUUCUUUACUAGUAAAAAGGUUGACAAGUAUGUUCCUUUAACUACAAAGAACUCCCCUUUUAGUGAAUAACCAUUUAAAUAAUGCUUUACAUGGGUACUGCAUUGUGUGACUGUUAGAAGUGGAUGUAACAGCAUGUUAAUUAACUGUAGUGUCAGCUUGUUUGGCUUACUAAUGAUUUUAAAUCAAUCAACCAAACUGAAAACAAAUCUCUGCAUGAGUGGAUAUUUUAGUAUCUAUAAAUUUACUGUUGUAAAUGGCGUCUUUUUUACUUUUUAAUGCGUACUGUUUUAUCUAGUCAAGUAAAGAAAAUGAUCAUCUAUUUUGCUGAUACCUGCAUAUUGUAAUUUUUACUUUGCCAAAAAUAUCUAGUCAAGUGGAAAAAAAACAUGGAAAAGCAAUUAGAACAUUCCCUUAAUGACUUUCUGAACUAACUGCAGUUUUGUUUGCCUCCCUUGAUAGGAGACUGGCAUGGUGUUUAGGGACUAGAAAUACAAAUGCUUUUUGUAUCCUGAUGUUAAUUAGAAGUGACGUAUUUAGUGUAAGAUACAUUUUGGAUCAUUUUCAUUUUUUUUGUUGCUUUAUUCAGAUUUUGAUCAUUUUUUAAAAUGUAUUCUAUUAAUUUAAGUAAUUAUUUUUGCCUCUUUUAUAGGAAAAUAAAAAGCUGAGGAUUGAAAACAUUGAAUUUGGAAGAGAGAAUUUGCGUCUAAAAAGCGAAGUAGUUGGCAGAUCUCCUCAAAAGUAUGAUUGCUUUUUACUCUCUAAAUGUGCUGUUUUUGUAAAAUAUAAAGUUUGACUUGACAGGAGGUCACGGUGAAUUUCAAAAUUGAAACCAUAAUAGUCGACUUGGAAAUUUUUUCCAAGUCAGCUGUGUUUCUCUAUUGGCUAUUUUUGCCCUUAAAUUCUACACUUUUCGUUAAUUCAGUUAGUGUUAGUAGUUUCCUAUACGCAAAUCUUAUUCUUCCUCUAAGCAUUAUAAUUUUUAUUUUUUUUUGGUACAGAAAGAAAUUUAUAGGGGAGGAGACAUAAAACAAAAGCGCUGAUCAACCAUGCAAUAUUCCUUUUAUUAUUUUAAAUAUUUCAUUAUCUGGCUUCAUUAGUGUUUGUUACUGUCUUCUUUAUCAAAAGCCCCUAUUAUGUUGAUGACUCCAAUACCCAUCUUAAAAUGUAGACAUAUCUUCAGGCAACUUUUUUUUUUUUUUUUUCUUUUUCUCCACUCAUGCCAGUAUUUUCCCAUUUUCUUUGCCAGCAUUUCCCAAUCACUGCACUUUGAUGUAAUAUACAGAAAAUAUAUGCUAUAUGGAAUGUUUUUAAAGUCUCAAACAUUUCCACUUAGGGAAUGUUUCUCUGUCUACGUGUCAGAUCAUAUAGUGUUUUGAAAGUACAAAUAAUCAAAUCCAUGUUGCAUAAUAAAUCAAAAGUAGAUGGUAUUUCUAUAGGCAAUUUAAAUUUCCUUAAUGGACUUCUAUAUAUUUGAAUUCUCAGAUAAGUGGACUCUCACCUGUUAUGACCUGUUGACUGUUUAUAUUUGCAUACAUAGCACAUAUUUGAGUCUGUUUAUAUGACUCGCAUUUGAGAACUGUAAUGUAGCCCUUACAUUUUAUUAAAUUGAUUUUGCAGGAGUUAUUAAUCCUGAGGGUAGAUGUCUUCCUUCUGUUACCGGGCAGGUCAAAAAAAAGCUGUAAAAGAUUUCAAACUUAAAUCCUGAAAUAUAACCAACUCCUAACUUUAUUAUAAGGCAGGCAACCUACACUAGAUCCCCUGCGGUUCUAAUUUAUUUUCAGUAAUUCUAGGUGAAGCACUGUGGCUGCUCCUGGGGGCUCAAUAAUCUUUUCUUCUCUGAGAUUGAUUAAUGCAAAUUGCAUGUUUAGGUUUAGCAGGUCACCUGUCUUUCAGAGGAAUGAAUGAGGAUAAGAUUGUAGUAAUUGUUCUAAGGAUUUAGCUUAACAUGCCCCCCCAAAAAAGUCUGAAAUAUAUCCACCUUUAUGUCCUGGUUACAGAGAAACAAAUAAAAAUGCAGACUUUUUAGAAAUAAAAAUGCCUUAUACACAAGCCUCCCACUUCUUCCACGGUUUUUAAUCUGGGUUUUUAUUUUUUUUAGAAAAGCAUACGUUUUGUGGAUUUAGAAUUAGAUCCUGAACACUGUUGAUUUUAAAUGUCUCUCUGACAUUGAAGGAACACCAUAAUUAGGAAUACAAACCUGUAUUUUUUUUUUUUAAUGCUGCAGUACCCCUCAACCCCCACCUGUUUGUGUGUGUGUGUAUAUAUAUAUUUUCAGUUUACCACAACAUCAUGGAUGAAACAUGACCUCCUGAUAGAAAUCGGCACUGACCGGUUGAUUAGAUUGAACUAAUGGAGAUUGGAACUUUUAUAAUUUGUCAUUAUUAUGGGAUACUCCUCAUAAAGCACCUCAGCAAGCUGAAGUGUUUUACUGAUGUUGAGUGGUCCUGUAAGUUUUUUUUUUUUACACUUUUACUGCUUUUCAGGACCCAUCCAGUAGUUAAGGAAAGCAACUACCUCGAUGACUUAAUACCGCUGCUUUUACUCUGGUAAAAUACAUUUUUACAUAAGUCAAAAAAAAAUUCUGGUUUUAAAACAUGCAGUGCUAAGCUCCCAGGAGUUUAUGUAUUCUUGACCGUCAACAUACACAUAAUUUUGACAAGUGUUACUAUACUCUUAACUAAAAUGAUUGACAUUUAUGAGUAUGCUAAUAAUAGAACUUUUGUCCAGCUUGACAGCUAGAGAACAUUUGCAUAACAACUGUUCUUUUGAACCAAGAAACCCCAUAAGGACACAGAGCCAAAUGUACACGUUUUGAUCAAAAUAAAACUUAAACAAAACUUCGAAUUUGACUAUGUUUGUUCAACCAUAUUUCACCUUUCAUAUGAAGUGCACCCACACAUAUUAUAUAUCAUUUUAUUCAGGGGAAACAGGGCUUUCAUUUAACAGCAACUAUUUAGCUAUGAAACCUAAUUUAAUAUGAAUAAAAUAUAGAAAAAUGGGAGAAAAUAAGAAUUGUCGUGUUUUUAUUUAUUUUUUAGUUCUACAUGACAUUUUAACUGUGACUGUCAUAAUACUGUUUGCUUUUACUGCAAUAAAAUACACAUUUGUAUUCAGCAAUGUCUCGCGAGUAAAACAGUACCCCCUAUGUACAGGUUUUGUGGUGUUUUGGGAAGUUACUGGGUCAAAUAGAGCAUGUUACAUUUUUCUUGUUUUUUGUCACAUUGAAAUUUGCCCAAAUGGUUUCGUUGACUUUGAGACCGUAUGGUAUUCCAGGAAUGAGAAUUACCCCCAUGAUGGCAUACCAUUUGCAAUAGUAGAUAAUCCAAGGUAUUGCAAAUGGGGUGUGUUCAGCCUUUUUUAGUAGCCACUUAAUCACAAACACUGGCCAAAGUUAGUUAAUGUUUGUGUGUUAAAAAUGCAAAAAACUAAUUUGAAUGCCAAUUUUGGCCAGUGUUUGUGACCUAUUAUGGCUGCUAUCCCCUCGGGCUGGCUUUGAUCCUUGCUGGUCCUGCAGGGAUUAAAACUCUCCAGUGGUGUAUCCAAUGUUAAAGUACCUUGUGGGCACCGUGUAGUCUGCACCCCAAGUUUUAGCCUCGAUUUUGCUGUUUGUAUUUUAAUAUGAUCCCCCAAGAAGCCGAACAGCACCGCUACAAUGUGCAAUGAAUGUUGCUGUCAGGCUGAUCUUUCUUACAUGUCGCUCCUACCAGACCUCGCCCCCCUGUCAAUCUUUACACUGGCUUCCUGUAUCCUAUAGUUGUCCAUUCAAAAUACUAACCCUUACCUAUAAAGCUUUAAAUAACUCUAGCUCCUCUUACAUUUCUUCACUGAUUUGUAGAUAUUCCCCUUUCCAGUCUCUCUGCUCGCACCCUUACUGCUAACUCACGCUUGCAGUAUUUAUCACGGUUGGCUCCCUUUUUUUGGAACAGACUCUUCCCCCAGUCUUCAAUUGUUGAAGUCCCUCAAAACACAUCUGUUCAAAAAAGCUUAGGAACUCCCUUACCUAUCUAUAUCUGUCUCUUGCUCUCCUAAAUAGCCACACUCCACUCUCCUCCAGUUCUGCUACUUUUCCAUCUUGUUUGGGGGCUGUCAUCCUUGCUACCCUGUUGUUUUUGUAUCCCACAUCCUCUAGACUGUAAGCUCGUUUGAGCAGGGCCUUCAUCUACCUAUUGUCUCUGUGUCAUUUUGUAAUUGUCUCAUUCAUUGUACAUUUCCCCCUCCCCCCGCCCCCUUUGAUUUUAUUGUAAAGCUCUGCAGAAUUAGUUGUUGCUAUAUAAAUACCAAUAAUAAUUAUACACUGUAAUUCAGAGUUUUCUUAAUAACCCUGGGAGUGCUUAUAAAUGCAAAGAACAUCUCAAAUCCUCUGUGAAAUCUGUGUCUUGGUUUGAAAAUAUCAAAGGUUUAGAUUUCUUAUUCUGAAAAUAAUUGUAAUAAACUAAAGUUGGGAGUUAUAUCCCCAACUGCAUCUUGUGUGUUUUUGUUUGGAUUUUGACAAUCUGUUACUGAGCCGCCACCUCCUCAGUUCGUAUUAGCAGAUUAACAGCAGCAUGCAGAAGAGUGACACUCAUAUCUGUUUUUUUAUAUUUAUUUUUAUUUAAAGUUUUCCAUAUUGCAACAUUGUCUCAAAACACUGUAUAAAUAAAUACACAAAAGUAUACUGCCCUAUAGAAUACAUUGUAGGUAUACAGCCUUAUAAGAUCUUAUACAGACUAAUACAAUGCAUAUAACCCUAUACAGUGUGUCAAUAAAUUGCCAAAUACAUUAAGGGCUGAAUAUAUAUAUAUAAUAUUCGCACCCCUGUCUCGUGCCAUUUUUUUAUUUCAAAAGGAUUCGAGUCAAAAUAGGGAUUACUUAUUGUCGCUAAAUAGUUCUUAUAUAACAUAGUUUUAUUCUUGAAUUGUCCCUCUAGUCCGAACUGGCCCAGGAAAGAGUCAAGGAAACUCCACUGACCCUGUCAAAUGCCUUCUCGGCGUCGAGGGCCAUAAUAACUGCUCUCAUUUGAUUCUUCUUUAGUCUAUGAAAUCAAUAUCAUUCGCGUGUUGUCAGUAGUACUUCUCCCCUUCACAAAGCCAGACUGAUCCGCCUCAAUCAAGUCUCCUAUAACCCCUUUAAGUCUGUUAGACAUAAUACUAGAAAUCCCUAUUGAUUUUAUUAUUAUGGUACCAUAUUUGUUUCAGGAAGGUAAUAUUUUUAUUGACCAACUCAUAUGUUUUAUCCUUAAUAGCUAUCUUAAGCUUAGUUAUUUCUUCUGUUCAUUCCUUAGUUACACAUUUUAUUUAAGUGUUCUUUUUUGGCCAAAUUUAUCCUCAGUUUUUGUAGAGAUUCGCCUUUCUUACGUUUAAGUUCUGUACCAUAUUUAAUUAAUAAACCUCUUACAAAGCUUUUCAAAGUAUACCAGACCAUAGCCGUUGAAACUUCUCCAUUAUUGUUAAUAUAAAAAAAAAAAACCUCUAAAUUUCGGAGGACAGGGGCUCCAUAAUGUGAUGUACUUUCAAUAGGUUUUCAUUAGGUCUCCACCGCAUCCUAGGUCUAGAGCUAUCUUUUAUAAUAAUUUGUACAGAUACUGGUACAUGGUCAGAAAUUGCUAUAGAACCAAUAGUAGCCUUAACGAUUGAACCUAAAAAAACAGCAUUAACAAAAACAUAUCAAUACGUGAGUAGGUCUGGUGCACUUCAGGAAAACAUUUUUUUAAAUCUUUCUCACAAGGAUUCAAGACCCUCCAACAAUCAUAUAAGGAAUUCUUAACCAAAAAUUCUGACAGAUCAGCUCGUAAAACAUCUGACACAUUAGCCACCCAGGUAUGUUUAUAACUUCUAUCUAUUUUUGGAUUCACUACACAGUUAAUAUCGCCUCCAAUUAUAAUAUUACCGCUAGAUAUCUCAUCCACUGUUUCCAUAAUUCAGUCUAGUAAUCUGACCGGGUUAGGAUUCAGUGCAUAAAUAUUGACAAGUGUGUGUGUGUGUGUGUGUGUGUGUGUGUAUGUGUGUGUGUGUAUAUAUAUAUAUAUAUAUAUAUAUAUAUAUAUAUCUAUCUCAUCAAUUUUUAUAAUAUAAAAUAUCUGCCCCUGGGAUGAAUAAUUUCAACUUUUUUUUUUUUUUUUUAACCUCUAAGUUUGAGGCAAAUAACCAAGGAAAUUUGUUAAAUUUCCAUAAUCUAUGAGGAGACACAAUCCAAUGUGUCUCCUGAAUGAAGGCAAUAUCUAUUAAGUUAUCAUUCAGAAAUUUAUAAACAGCUCCCCUUUUCUGAGGUGAAUUCAUACCGUGGACAUUCCAAGAUAGCGCCUUAAAUGACGCCAUCACACACAAAACCCCCUUUAAGCCCCUCGCCGAAUCUCAUUUUAACAAAACCAAAAAAAAAGAAAAAACCCAAAGGGCGGGAAAUCAUCCCCUCCAACAAUCCCCCCCCCCCAAUAAUCCAAUGAGGAAACAUUCUUGUAUCCCCUCGGACCAGCCUGCCUAAAUUUGUAGGAUUAAGGUCCCGAAGGGGGGAAGGAAAGACACCCAAAUCGCAAUACGUUUAAACCAACCAGGGUUAAUAACAUUUACCCUUUAAUGCUCCACUUAAACCCUUAUUUAUUUAAAUGAGGAUUAAAUUAAUCCUCCCAUAGUUAUCAAUGUUCGGAGCAUUUAUAAUGUAUAGAUAAUACAUGCAAAAUAUACAAACAUAUAAUUAAAUGUAUAUGUGUCGAUCUAUACAAGUAUACCCCCAAAAAAUACAACCUUAGAGCAAUAUACCAUAUGUUGAAUACCGUCAUCAUGCUUCUUCUUAACUUUUCAACUUAUAUCAGAAAAGAGGGAGAAGAGAAGGAAUAAAACAAAACAAAAAACCCUUAUUUCUGACAGGUGGUGUGUGCAUCUGUUUAUGUGUGUGUAUAAUAUAAGUUCAUGCAAAACUUUAAGUGAUUGUGCCUAGCUCACUAGUAAUUUGCAUUAAUUGGCCUGAAAGGUAGUGGGGGAAAAAGUUAAAUGACAAACGUUCUAACUAGGGUUCUGGAUUUAAACAUAAUGUUGUCCCACUUGAAGUAUUCCCCUUGGAUACCAUUAUUAACCGGGAGCUUAAUCUGCUAGGAGCCUAUUUCAGUAUUGUACACUCGCCUAUGGAGGAUCUCCCAAUCCUUGAUGGGAUCCUUGAUAGAUAUUAUCUUGCGAUGAGCAAGAUGGCAUCCUAUUCCCACAGCUGUUGAUGGUUUGGGGAAGAGACAAAACUUGAGAGGUAGGAUUUUACCAUCGUAGUACUUUCUUAUAUAUUUUGACUGCAUUGAAAUUUCAAUGAAAUGCAGACUUUAUGGGGGGGGAUGUCAGAGCAACUUUAAAUGCAUGUGAAUCAGUGCUAACCAAUUCCUCAACAGCUCAAUAUGGUUGUCAUGCUUCCUUCUAAUAGCAGAAUAUCCCUAAUGUUUCAUAGGGUCCCAACCUAUUAAGUAUCAAUUAACACAAAGGUUCUGAUAUGCUCUUAGUGUUCAGCACUGGUUCUUUAAGAUCGUUCUUGCUAACGUUAAUUAAGAAUUUUAUCACAUUCUGAUUUAAUUAAAGGUAUUAAUAACUAAGCUGCAAUUAGCCUGUAGAUAUAAAUUAUGCAGUUUUUACUAUGAUAUUUAUACACAAGGGCUUUAAAAAGAAUCAUAGAAUACUGGGAGCAUUUCUGAUUCAUCAAUUCAUCUGUAACACGUGUUACCUUUUUUUGUAGUAUAUUUUCGUAUUCGCAUCUUCCUCUAGUAAACUAGAGAUCAGCACAAUUAUUUUAUGUUUUUGAAUACAAGAUAUAUAUUUUCUGUCUUGUAGAUAUGAUUCCUCUGUAAUUUGCUUCUCCUCACAAUUACAACUAUUGUUAUUUGGUUCCCUCUGCCAAAGGCUGAUGGUUGCUGGAAUAAGUGUGUAUCAGGGCAGUAGAGAUCCAAGAUCCAACCAAAACAGCUUCAUCUAAGCAAAUGUAUUUGUGUAAAGAAUAUGGAAAAAAAACACAAUUUCCAUAGCCUGGAAGCAGAUUGAUACACUAUCUAAUCACGCACAUGUACCCAUGUGGGCUGUCUGUCUGAACUGGACAAAGGUUAUUCUCGCUCUAUGAAAAGCUCAAUUCAGUCAGACCUGGAACUCCUGACUCACACAAUGAUACAGCAAUAAAGAUUAAUGCUCAGACCUUGUGACCUCCCCUCGUAAUUAAACCCCAGUGUGAAAUAGUCGAGCAGUAGAAAAAGGUUGUAAAGGUUUACAAAAGAUUUUAAAAAAAGGAAACAAAUAUUGAAACCUAUAAAGAACAGUUGUUUUGUUAUGACACAUUGAAUUUUCUAUUUGUAUUUUUCAAAACUUUUUUUUUUUCUUUGCACUUUUACUUAAAAUACAAAGUUAUAGAGCCAUAGAUAAGAAAUAUUUGCCCACUUCCCAGUCUGUUUUUAUUCAACUACUUUUCUGAUUAUAAGUAGGUUAUCCUUCCUGAGGCUUUUUUUUUUUUUAAUGACUCGUUAUUCUCAAUGAAAAGCUGUUUGCGCUGGAUGUAUUGUCUAUUUUAUUUUGCUACACGAUUUAAUACAAGUGAAACUUGAUUGAACAUUUUUGAGAAAAUUGGUAUUGAUAUAGUACUGUGGGGUGAUAAUCAUUUUUCUGUUUGGAAGUGACCUGAGCCUAAAACAGAAGUGACAAGUUUUGCAGGCAAAAUCUCAAAUCUGCAUUUAUUUAUACAUUUCCAGCAAGGUUUGUAAUCUUGGACUAGACAAAUUGUUGAAGUCAUUUGCAUAAGAGUCUUACAAUUUUUCUACUGGUGCCCAUGUUUUGUUGUGGUUUUACAUUACUCUAAAAAGAAGUACAUCUUCUAGGCAACCUUUUAAAACUACCAUAAAAACUGGCUCCAAAAACGGUCCUAACUUUUAUUAUUUAGCGCCAACAACUUCUGCAGCGCUUUACAGUUGGUAAAUGAUUUCUAUUAUAAUUAUAUUAUUAAUUAUUGACUGUCACCUAGAGUAAGCCUGUACCAUGGUGUGGAAAUGUAUUCGCCAGUAGGAAAUAUUGGUUGGCAUAGUAUUGUAGUAUUUGCUAAAUCUGCUAAAUUUGCUUGCCAGACAGUGAAGUAGAUAACAUAUACAGUGUUUCUAUUACUAUAGCCUCUGCAUAAAAUACUUUAAAGAAUUUUUAAAAAAAAUCUUAUUUUAUAAAAAAUUUUGUUUUUUUUCUUAGGUUUGGAAGAUUUACAGUAGCUGCGUUGCAAGCAAAGGUUGAUCAGUAUGAACGGGAGAUGAACAGGCUUAAAAAAGCUCUUGAGAGGAGUGAUCAAUAUAUAGAAGAGCUAGAAGGUCAAGUUGAAAAACUGCAACAGCCCUCUGGUGUGAAUCAAAAAGGAAGAUCAAACUGUGAAAGCAAUGAGCAGACUGAAGAAAAUGGGAAUCAAGAAGUAGUUGGUACUGCACAUGACUGGAGAGAUAUUAACCUAGAGGAAUUCUGUAAAGAAAGUGAUCCAAGCGAGUUCGGAGAUACUCUCCCUUCAUCAAGUAGCUGUGCAUCCUCUGCAAACCAAAUAAAUGUGUUUGCAGAUAACACAUGGUCCAUUAAUUUACAAACUCAGAUUUGUUCAAAAGUAAAUGAAAACUUGGCUGACGAUGGUACUUGGAAACGAUCACAUGAAAAAGAUAAACUGGAUGAGGAUAAAAGUGAAACUUGCACACCUUCUAAAGGAAGAGAGGUCUCAGAGUACUGUAGCCCAAGUAAUUCCUUGUUGCCAUUUAGUGCUCUUCAACUAAAUACCCCUAACAGCAAAGAAGCUCCCACUGUACAACAAAAAAGUAUAAAAAAGCCUUUGACUUAUCUUAGAAAAUUAUUUUUUGAUGACUUAAAAAAAAAAAGUGAAGCGCCCUAUCUUGUUCCAGGAACAAUAAAAAGUGAAAAGAGCCCAACAAACUUCAUGGAGUCAGAUUCAUUGUUUUUGAGUUGCCAAAACAAUGGUGAAACCCAGAAAGAACACCUUCAACAUGCUCAACAUCAAUUGGUGGAGCCCAUAAAAAAUCAUCCUGUACAGCAAAGUUUGAUCAGUGAGUGCCAAGUAACAAGUGAAGAUUCCAUUGAUGCUGCCUAUUUCAAUAAGGUGAAUGAGCUGGAUUCCAUGAUAUCUGAAUCAGAAAACCACAGAAGCCCAUUUCUCGAAAACCAAUCAUCUCAAGCAACAUCCUCCUCAACAAAUGCUACAACACUUCCAAAUGAGCAUAAACAUAACAGUGAUAAAGCCUUUGGAGAAUCUCUCCUCCUCCAGUCUAUGCAUUCACCGGGGAAUAAACCUCAAACGUCUGAAGCUUUUUCCAUUUUUUCUUCUCAGUCACCUUGGCACAUGUCCACAAGUGUGACAGACUUUGAAUGCAAGGAUUCAGAAUUUUUGAAUAAUAUUGGCUUCCAAACUGAUCAUGGUAUCCAAAAUUCUGUUUCACUUAUUCCUUUGACACUUUCUAAAGACCAGGUUUCAGAAACGUCUCCUCAAAAUAAAAUCCUUAGUGGAGACGAAGGAAUGGAUUACACCUACUCAUGUGUACCUUCUAAAAAAAAUAGCAGUAGUCCUGCAGCAAAACGGAAACUACUUAGCUGGAGUACCAAAGACCAACUAAAAGUCCUCAAGUAGUAACAUUUGUGGUUAUUCUUUUAAAAGGGCACUCUAGGCAACGUAACCACUUCAUCUCUUAAAUCCAAUUUCCAUGGAGGAUCCUGCAAGAUUGGAUUUUACCAUAAGACAAAGUAGUCCCUUCUUUGUCUUGUAUCUUUUGACUGUAGUGAUAUGUUUUGAACAAAGUCUUGAUCUUAAUGAUAAAGAUUUUAACUUUAUGCAAUGCUCCUGUUAGUGUGUCAGAGCCAUUUUAAUAUGAACAUACACCAUAGGAUUAAUGCUAGAUUGGAAUUUUCUUAAAGGUUAUACAUGUUUUGAAACAUUUGUGUAAUUCCUUCAUAAUAAAUACAGAUUUGGUUAAUAACCAGUUUUACAU